CUCGCCUCUCUCCCACCUCUCUUUCCGCCGCCAUCCUUCAUUGAAGAGCGAAACACAAGCUUGAACUUCAACAUGAGCUUCACAGUGGAAGAGAGGGGGAUCCCGAACUCUCCGAGCUACCGGAUCUUCUUCAAGAAUGCGGAGGGCAAGUAUAUCUCACCGUUCCACGACAUCCCGAUGUACGCCGAUGAGAGUAAAAACAUCUUUCACAUGGUUGUUGAAGUACCAAGAUGGACAAAUGCAAAGAUGGAGAUCGCCACCAAAGACCCCCUGAACCCAAUCAAACAGGACAUGAAGAAGGGCAAGCUGCGAUACGUUGCGAACGUUUUCCCUCAUAAAGGCUACAUCUGGAACUAUGGCGCCAUUCCUCAGACGUGGGAAGAUCCAGCGCACAAGGAUGAUGAUACUGGUUGCUGCGGCGACAACGACCCUAUUGAUGUCUGUGAGAUCGGCACCAAGGUGUGUUCCCGCGGCGAGGUCAUCAAGGUGAAGGUGCUUGGGGUCCUGGCCAUGAUCGACGAGGGAGAAACCGACUGGAAAGUGUUGGCCAUCAACGUGGAGGAUCCAGAAGCCAACGACUUCAACAACAUCAGCGACGUCAGGAGGCUAAAGCCCGGCUACCUGGAGGCCACAGUCGACUGGUUUAAGAGGUACAAAGUGCCGGACGGGAAACCGGAGAACAGGUUUGCCUUCGAUGAAGAGUUUAAGGACAAGGAAUUUGCCCUGGACGUGAUCAAGAGCACCCACAACUUCUGGAAAGCAUUGGUUUGCCAAAAAUCCAGCGCUGGUGAACUCAAUUGCAAAAACACCUGCGUGUCCACCGCUGACAGCCCAUUUUGCUGCUCCCCAGACGAGGCUCAAGCGGCCGUCGGUGAAUUGUGUCCAUGUGGAAAGGCGGAGUCAAUUCCCUCCUCAGUGGAUCAAUGGUUCUACUGUGAGCGUAAAUGAUGCUCACACCUGGUGUGGAGGCCUGACUCUCGUCUCUCAAGCAUGAAGAGGUGUGACCUUCCAACAGCUGGAUGAGAAGACCAGAACGGAACAGAGGCUAAAUUGACAUUUAAAAAAUCUCCAUAGAGAUGCGCUUUCACAGCAGCAUUCCGGUUCACUGUCUUCAAGAUGUAUCUUACUCGUAUGUUCUCCCACCUCCUUAAAUAAAAAGACUUUUUGU